CGCAUAUCAAAAUGUUGAAAAUUUUAGGCUUAAUAAUAUAUUUUUUUCGAAAAAGCUAUGUUGCAUCUUUACCCUAAGAUAAAAUAAGAAAAUUUAUAAAGCUUAACAAACAUUGUCUUUUUUAUAUUCUCAAAAUUUACUAUUAACUUUCCAGCAAAACACAAUCCAUCAAGAAAGCAUCUUAGUAUCAAGCCAUCAGAUAAUUUAUAAAUGUCCAACCAACUAAACUAAGCAAUGAACAUUAUCCCACUCUCUCAAACACCAACUUUUUUAGAUGAUCAACAUGGGACUCAUCAUCAUCGUCAUUGCAUUGGUCAUGGUCGUAGUAGUUGCAUCAUCACCAUCCGAUCAAACAGAUGUCCUCACACCACUUUGCAUCAGUGAAUGCUCCACAUGCCCCACCAUUUGCUCUCCUCCGCCUUCAAAACCCUCUCCCUCCACGUCUUCGUCACCACCUCCGUCUCCCGCAUUGCCAUCAUCCACUUCUCCACCGCCUCCACCGCCACACAAACACUCUCCCCCGCCACUAUCGCAGUCACUUUCACCGCCGCCGUUAAUUACCGUCAUCCAUCCACCGCCUCCACGGUUUUACUAUUUUGAGUCCACACCACCACCCCCACAGAUAUCUUCCGAUGGAAAAGGCUCGCCCCCAUCAGCGCCACCGUCGCCACCAUCCCCAAAGGGACAGUCACAAGGGCAACAACCUCCUUACCCAUUCCCUUAUUUCUAUUUCUACACGGCAUCAAAUGCCAAUCUUCUCUUUUCUUCUUCCUUUUUGAUCUCUUUUGUUAUAUUUUCUUUAUCUAUCUUUCUUAACGGUUCGUUAGUGUGAAGAACUCCUCUAUAUUGUUAAAUACUUACUUAUAUAGUAUACUAUUGUUUAUUCAUUUUUGUUGUAAUAUAAGAUUGUUUUCUCAUCAAUGCAACAUUGAACAUCAAAGUGUUCAGGCA